AUGACGUCUUCCGGCGGAAGUUGCGAGUGUUCGUGGUCCGACUCGUCGUUCCUGUCCGGUUCGUGUGGCAACACCGGCGGCCUGGCGUUCUUCAUGUCUUUGGUGGACCUGGUGAUCCGGUCACAGUGCUCGGUGACGGACCCGUGCCGUCGGGCCACCGGGCGCCGGCAGUUCCCGGCCGGUCCAGUGUACCCGGAGGAACUGGACUUCGUGGUGGUCGGCGGCGGAGUGGCCGGUUCCGUGGUAGCUUCCCGGCUGAGCGAGGUGGCCGGCUGGACGGUGGGACUGCUGGAGGCCGGGCCCGAAGAGCCGUCAGCCACGUCGGUGCCGGCGUUCGCGUCGGCCGCAAUGGGCACCGAUCUGGACUGGCGGUACCUGACCGAGCCGCAAGGUAACGCGUGCCUGGGCGCUGGUGGAAUAUGCGCGUGGCCGAGGGGCAAGAUGUUGGGCGGCACGGGGGCCAUGACGGGCAUGAUGUACUCGAGGGGCCACCGGCGUGUGUACGACGGGUGGCGUGAAUCGGGGGCAGUGGGCUGGGGCUACGACGACGUGCUGCCGUACUUCAAGAAGUCCGAGCGCAACAUGGACACCGACAUGGUGGAGCCCGAGUACCACGGGUUCGACGGUCCCGUGUCCGUUCAGCGGUUCGCUCACCAUCCCGAGAUGGCCGAGUCCAUCGUGCAGGCCGGCGUCGAGCUAGGCUACAGGACCGGUGACCUCAACGGACACAAUCAAACAGGAUUCUCCAUAGCUCAGGUGAUGGUGCACGGCGGUCUGCGGAUGAGCACUUCGCGAGCGUACCUGCGGCCUGCCCACGACAGGCCCAACCUGUUCGUGAAGAUCAACAGCCGAGUUACCGGGUUGGUGUUGAACAAGCUAAACAACCGCGUGCAGGGUGUCAAGUACGUGGACCAGUACGGUGAGCACAUGGUGCGCGCCCGGAAGGAAGUGAUCCUGUCGGCGGGUGUGGUCGGUUCCGCGCACUUGCUCCUGGUGUCCGGCAUUGGACCUGCUGAGGAACUGCUCCAGGCUGGUGUCACUGUUUUCCAGGAUCUGCCGGUCGGUCGGAACCUGCAGCACCACGUGUCUGUCAGCGUCGCUGCCACAGUGAACGCGUCAGAGGAGGCCCACUACUUGACCAUGGACGCGGUGUCCGAGUUCUUGGCCACGCGCACCGGCCCACUGGCCAGCACGGGACUCACGCAGACCACAGGAUUUUUGACCACCUCAUACUCAGUCAACGGGGUACCCGAUGCACAGGUGUACUUCGAUGGUCUCGCACCCAACUGUGACAAGAUCCCCGUGGAUCCAGAUGGUCCGGCGUACCGCAAGUUUGAGGGUUCGAGGGCGUACGUGUGGGCCAGACCUACGUACCUGUUGACAAGGAGCAAGGGCUACAUCGCACUGCGGACUGGCAACCCGUUGGAUGACCCGAUCAUCCAGCCAAAUUACUUCCAAGACCCACGGGACGUGCUGGCCAUGGUGGAAAGCAUACGGGUCGUGUUGGCACUGAUGGACACCCAGGCGUUGAGCAAGUGGGACAUGCAACCGGACACUACACCAUAUCAGGGAUGCUCACAGCACGUGUACGGCACAGACGCGUACUGGGCGUGCGUGGUGGUCACCGACACGAAACCCGAGAACCACCAUUCGGGAACUUGCAAGAUGGGACCGAUCGACGAUCCGGAGACGGUGGUCGACCCGGAGCUCAGGGUACUGGGUGUGGCAAACCUGAGGGUGAUGGACGCGUCUGUGUUUCCCACCGGGCCCAACUGCAAUCCCAUGGCGCCAGUUAUAAUGGUAGCCGAGAAGGGAUCGGAUAUGGUCAAGCAGACGUGGAGUGCAUAUGCACACGAGAACAACGUGCCACCUUACAAAAAGCCAAGGACGGCAUGA